AUGAAAGAGGCAGUGAAAGAAAUCAAACAUGAAAACCAACAAGAAUACAAAGAGUUACAUGCAAUGAUAUGUACAUUGACAGAAAUGAUACCACGUCCAGCAGUAGGAAUCAACAGCCAUGUAGCAAACGAUGGUCAAGACUUGAUACCACCCCCAAAAAAUAGUUCUGAGAAAGAGAAGAAGUCCCAUAUCAGGGAUUUUAUUAUGAAAAAUGUGAUAGAAAUCGAUGAGGAUAGAGCUAACGAACUGUUAGAUAUUUUGAAGAAAAUAUCUUUGAAAGCAUGCCAAUCUUUUGCUUUGAAAGAUGACUCCAAUGACAAGACCAACGGUGAGAAGGAGUGGAAGGGCCUGGAUGGAGAAGACUAUGUGCAUCUGGUAAUGUCAACCCUGCAAAAAUCAGUAGAAGAAACUAGGGAAUUGGAGGUUCUUAACCUUUCUCGUGGUCUUUGGGUUGUGGAGUUUCUGACAUGGAUUUAUGGUUUUUUAUGUUUCUAUGGCGACAUCAAUUCUAUGUUGUUUUAUGUCUUUUUCAAUGGUGACAUUGAUUCUGUGUCAAAAAAUGGCGACAUGAAUUUUGCAAAAAAAGACAUGGAUUUAUGGUUUUUUAUGUUUCUAUGGUGA